GUAAAAAAUGAUAAACGGAAGUUCUAGGGCAUCAGAAGCUAGUUUCGGAACUAGCUGCGGCUUAGUGAAGCAGAACCAACAACACUAUUCUAGGCACCCAACACUCCCUCCCAUUGGUUUAUUGAGGAUCCUCUCGGUCACGUGCCAUUGGUCGGCCAUUUGUACACAGCCUAACCUUUUUCUCACCUGUCUGCUCAUGUUUUAUCCUCUGUCUUAAGCUUCAGCUUUACGAAAUUUCUGCAGAAGUUGUUGUCAAUUAGAUACGAGAGCUCUAAUAUAAUGAUCCGACCAAGCGAGCACUGGCAGGGUUUUGCCGAUAUAGACUCAGGUUCGGACAAAUACAGGCGAAUUGAACUUCUACUCUCCUCAGCAAACUUCGAAUAUCUGAAGACACGGGCAAUAGAAUCACGGAGGAAGCACCAACCUGACUUGAAUGAUGAUGUUGGAUGCAGUGUGGAUUUGACGCACUUCACAUCAGGUUUCAAUAACCUAGUCCUGGAGCUUGCAUUUUCAGAUAAUACAUUCUGGAUUGCUCGGAUUCCGCACCAACCCUUUAACGAUAGUGAUGAAACCUCUACGCUCAGCGAGAUCGCUACCAUGAGGUUAAUAAAAAGGCACACCAAUAUCCCAAUACCUCAAAUUUUCGACUUUGGGAUGUCCACUCAAUCGUUUGGUUACCCUUUCAUUUUCAUGGACUACCUAGGAGGGCGCACGCUUUCGAAUGGGUUAGCAGUAACCAUACCUCAUCAACACCGUAACAAAGUAGCCAACCAACUGGCCAAUGUUCUCGCAGAGCUCCAGAAUAUGACAUUCAGUCGUAUUGGGCGUAUUUGGUGCGGUGAUGACGCUAAUCAGCCUAUCGAGAUUAUACCCAUGGCUUGGCACGCUUCGCCUGGCCCCCUGGAUACUUCGCUGGAGUACUUUUACAAUCAGUGACAGAGUGAAAACCGAGAAAUGAUUUCCUUACAUCCGGAUGACCCGAACUGGCUGACAGCAUGCUGGGUAUUGA